AUGGUAACAGGCCAACCUGGACCCUGUGUUGGCAAUGUCCUCCCCAUUCCACGUCUCAACUUCACGGGCCUCUGCCUCCGGAACGGUCCUCAAUGUGUGCAACAAGGGGACUAUUCAAGUGUCUUUGUGAGCAGUGUCUCAGCGGCUGCCAGUUGGGAUCGCCAGCUGCUGUACGAUAGAGAUCGCGGAUUGGCCGAAGAACACAAGGCAAAGGGCUCCCACGUUAUUCUAGGUCCCAUCGGAGGACCUCUGGGCCGUAGUCCCUAUGAUGGUCGUACCUGGGAGGGUUUUGCUGCUGACCCUUACCUGACUGGUGUCUGCAUGGAGGAAACAAUCAAUGGCAUGCAAGAUGCUGGUGUUCAGGCAAAUGCGAAGCACUUCAUUGCCAAUGAGCAAGAGACUCAACGCAACCCUACGUACGCCCCUGAUGCCAACGAGACUACCUAUAUCCAGGACUUCGUCUCUGCGAACAUUAAUGACCGCACUCUGCACGAGAUCUACAUGUGGCCAUUUGCAAAUGCUGUCCGUGCUAAGGUCGCCAGUGCCAUGUGCUCGUACAACCGUGUGAACGGUUCCCACUCGUGUCAGAACUCAUACCUCCUCAACCAUCUUCUCAGGGGUGAGCUUGGCUUCCAGGGCUAUAUCAUGUCGGACUGGCGUGCUAUUCACAGCGGCGUGGCUUCUGUUGAGAGUGGUAUGGAUAUGACAAUGCCUGGAGGAUUUACCCUUUACGGCGAGCUUUGGACAGAGGGCUCUUACUUGGGCAAGAAUCUCACUCAGGCGGUGCAGAAUGGCACUGUUGAAAUGUCUCGUUUGGAUGAUAUGGUUGUGCGCAUCAUGACUCCCUACUUCUGGCUUGAACAAGAUAAGAACUACCCUAGCGUUGACGCCUCAGUUGGCCCGCUCAACGUUGACUCGCCUCCUGAUACUUGGCUCUACGACUGGAAGUUCACCGGCGAAUCGAACUGCGACGUUUGGGCUAACCACAGUGCUAUGAUUUGCCAGCACGGUGCUGCCUCCACAGUCUUGCUCAAGAACGAGCGAAAUGCAUUGCCUCUCCGCAAGCCUCGCAACAUUUAUCAUUGCGGUAUGGUGUUCUCGCAGGCUCCGCUAGCUCCGGCUCCUGCAGAUUCUCCUACCUAUCCACCCCCUCUUGAUGCCAUCGAUGCCCGCGCUCGCAAGGAUGGCUCCCUGGUUCAGUCCUUCCUGAACAACAAACUCCUUAGCACAAGCGACCUCACCUCCCCCCUCUGGAUCCCCCAGCAACCCGACGUCUGUCUCAUGUCUCUCAAGUCCUAUUCCGCCGAGGGUGAAGAUCGCACCUCUCUCGAACUAGACUGGAAUGGAAACGCCGUGGUCGAGGCCGUCGCCAAUAAGUGCAACAACACAGUCGUCAUCACUAACUCCGGCGGUGUCAAUGUUAUGCCUUUCGCUGAUCACCCCAAUGUCACCGCUAUCCUGGCUCAGCAUUACGCCGGCGAGGAAACUGGUAAUGCCAUUGUUGACGUCCUCUACGGCGACGUCAACCCCUCGGCCAAACUGCCGUAUGUCAUCGCAUAUAAUGAGUCCGAUUACAAUGCACCCGUCACCACUGCCGUGCAGACCAACGGCACAUAUGACUGGCAGAGCUGGUUCGAUGAGGAGCUCGAGGUCGGAUACCGCUACUUCGACGCGCAGAACAUCUCGGUCCGUUAUGAGUUCGGCUUUGGCUUGAGUUACACUACUUUCGGUCUUGAGGAUCUCAGGGCUAAAACCUCUGCUUUGUCGAACCUUACUGCUCUUCCUGCCAAGCGAGCAACCCAGCCUGGCGGUAAUCCUGCUCUUUGGGAGACGGUGUUUACUUUAGAAGCGGACGUUCGCAACACUGGAGACGUGGCCGGAUUCGCUGUGCCGCAGUUAUAUGUUCAGUUCCCUGAUUCGACUCCGGCCGGCACCCCGCCUAGCCAGCUUCGUGGAUUCGACAAGGUCUGGCUGGAGGCUGGUCAGAAAAAGACCGUUUCCUUUGAGUUGAUGAGACGUGAUGUAAGUUACUGGGAUGUCGUUGCCCAGGACUGGCGGGUUCCUGCUGGAUCUUUCACCUUCAAGGCUGGUUUCAGUAGCCGUGAUUUCCGCGCAACUAUGGAUGCGACACUGAUCAAGGCAACAUCAUGA